AUUCCGUCCUGCACAUAUCUCGGGUUUAUUGUUGAAAAAAGUUUUUCAAACUGUUAACUACUACAACAGUUAACUUUUGUAGACCGACUGACCAUGAUCUCAAGGUGUGUACUUAGGAGAAGUGCAUUGUCACAGAUCAGAUUCAAUUCUACCAAGCCUUCUGGUUCUGAUGGUAAAAAUCCUAUUUUCUUGAGUGAAUUAUUAAAAAGAAUAGAUAGUGUUACAGCAAAUGUAAAGAAGCAGAAUGACGCAGCAAAAAGUAGAGCUAAUCGAAACCAUUCCAGCAACCAACCCAGUAAACAAUUCAGUGAUAGAUUUGAAAGUCAAUCUCAAAGACCAGUUCAUAAAAAGUUGGGUAAACAAUUCGAUAAAAAAAGCGAACCUUCAUCCAAACCAAUAUUUUCAAAAUCAUCAUCACCAUUACAAGAAAGAGUACAUCACCCUGACAAUAAUUUUAUUAGAUUCGCUAACCAUCCAUUAAGAGAAUAUAAGCCAAGAGGCGAUUUCUCUUCAAGACCUCAAAGUAAUUAUACGAGAGCUGAUUCUACUUCAAGACUUGAUGAACCAUCAAACCAGAGACCAUCAAGAUAUACAAGACCUCAAUUUGAUAAUGCAGCAAGAUCUGCAAGACCAGAAAGACCUACAAGAGCCGCAAGACCAAAAAGUGAUACUCCAAGAAAGCCUCGUGCAACAAAAUCAUCUGAUCGUGAAGCCUUUAAAAAACCAUCAGUCGCUGAACCAAUCGUUCAAAAGGGAUUACCAAAGCCUCAACCUCUAACUCCUUCUAUUAACGGUGAUACUUUCUUAUAUGGUAAAGUUCCAAGUGCAAAUCAUACAUUAAAUUCUAGAUUAAUCUCAUUAACUAAAGAAACUUUAAUUAAGUCAAAGUAUCCUUAUCUUGUAUCUCCAACAAUUUUAUCAUCGUUAGGUGAUGACUCAAAAAAUAAAUUCAUAGUUCAAAAAAAUUGGGAUUUAAAUAUUGAUGAAUCACGAUUCCAAAAGAGAUUUUCUGAGUUAGUUAAAGGUGAUGUUCAAGCUUUAAAAGUAGUUCAAACUUCUAACCAAGAACUUAAUGAUUUUACAGCUUCUGAAAUUAUGAAGAAUGCCAGCUUGUCUCACGAAAAGAAACAAUUGGUUUAUGAUGUUAUUAAUGGUGCUAAGUCCAUCAAAGAUUUGGUUGGUAAGGAUGCCGCUUGGUUAAAGCAAUAAUGUCACUAUAAAUAAUAUAUAUCAUGUACAUAAUUCUAAUA